CUGGAGGCCAGCAGCCUGCUGUCAUCGGGGGUGGACUGUGGCCCCGAGGAGGCCUCGCUGCACAACUCCUUCGGCCUGGGCCCCCGCUUCCCUGCCAGCAACACCUAUGAGAAGCUGCUAUGUGGCCUAGAGGCCGGCGUGCAGGCCAGCUGCAUGCAGGAGCGCGCCAUCCAGACGGACUUUGUGCAGUACCAGCCGGACCUGGACAGCAUCCUGGAGAAGGUGACCCAGGCCCAGGACUGUGGGACAGACCCUGAGUCCGGGGACAGGCACCCAGAGCCAGACCCCCACCCCCCAGGGCCCAGAGACCCCAACUCAGCGGUGGUGGUGAUGAUGGGUGACGAGCUCGAGGCCCCAGCGCCCAUCACCUGCGGACCCACCCCACAGCGGCCCGGUGCCACCCCCAACCCUG